AUGAACUUUAAAAUAGAUGAACAAAUAAGGGAGUACAAUUUGCUCAAGGACAGGUUUGUUGAUACCGAAACAGAAUUGCGUAAAUUACGAGAUACUUUGAAAGUAGUGCAGAAGAAGGCAAGCAAAGUCGAUGAAUUAGAAGCGCAGAUAAAAACAUUGGAGCAAAAAAAUGAGCAAUUAAAGAAUUGUCUGAACAAAAAUCAGCCUACAAAAGAAAGAAAUGAGACAGUUAAGGAAAUCAGAAAGGAGACUUUAUCCUUUGCAAAGGUACUCACACAAAACGAAAAGCAGGUACUAAGCAAAAAUCAGCCAGUAAACAAAGAUAAUAACAAAGAUAAGCGUGUAGUGGCAUGCGUGGCCAUGAAACCGACAUGUAAUAUAGAAACGCUGCGGAGAGUUUUGAUAAAGAACAACUAUCGACAGAUAAUACAGAAAAUAAGAUGGAAACUUGCAAAAAGAAAGGAUCAUGGAUAA